GUGUAAUCCGGCCUGUAAAAACUGGCCUAGGAAGGAAUUUUCCUUGGUCUGUACACCGGCCUACCUAGGAAAAUGUAUCCAUCCAUCACCUAGGCGUCUACUCUGUACCACCAACUUGACUAAAUCACUUAGUAAUAUGAUCAUCUCUCUGCAGUCGGGUACUGUCUUCCUAGAUAGACAAAACCUUGCUUGACUGGUCUUUAAUUUUAGCCGCCGUUCAUUCGAUUAUCCCGCUGCCAUCUGGCAAAUUUACUGGGUUACCGGCGAAGACCAAUCAAUGGCAGCUGCAGCGGCAACAAAGAAAAUUUCUGCAGCUUCAGCAAGAUCGCACACCAGAAGGCCUAACGCGAAUAGUUCUAUGUUCUUUUAUUCCGGAUUGUUAGGAAAAGUAUUAGCUAUAUGUUUUGUGGGCUUCAUUGCAUGGGCUUAUCAUGAAAUAACACCUCCUCCACCCAAGAAAUGUGGCUCCCCAAAUGGGCUUCCAAUCACAGCAAAUAGAAUUAAACUCAGUGAUGGAAGACACUUGGCUUACAAAGAGCACGGUGUCCCCAGGGAAAGAGCAAGCUACAAAAUGGUGUUCGUUCAUGGAUUUGAUUGUUGCAGGCAUGAUGCUGCUGUCGCCGCCACACUCUCUCCUGAUGUUAUUGAAAGUCUAGGAAUCUAUAUCGUGUCAUUUGAUAGACCAGGCUAUGGAGAAAGCGACCCGAAUCCAAAACGGACAGAAAAAAGCAUACCUUUUGACAUCCAAGAACUUGCUGAUCAGCUUCAACUAGGUUCAAAAUUCUACGUUGUUGGGUUUUCUAUGGGCGGACAAGUAAUCUGGGCGUGUCUGAAGUACAUCCCUCAUCGGUUGGCAGGGGCAGUGCUUUUAACACCAGUUGUGAAUUACUGGUGGAGGGGAUUUCCAAGAAACGUGUCUACAGAAGCAUACUACAAGCAACUUCCACGGGAUCAGUGGACUCUCCGUAUUUCUCAUUAUAUUCCAUGGCUCACCUACUGGUGGAACACGCAGACACUUUUUCCUAGUUCAAGCGUUGCAGCUAACGAGCCUAGUAUUCUCAACCAAGAAGACACAGAAGUGGUGAUGACCAAGUACGACCCCUCUAGAGAGAAGUAUGUGGAACAAGUGAGACAGCAAGGAGAAUUCGAGUCUCUCCACCGGGACUUGAUAGUUGGGUUCGGAAAAUGGGAGUUUGAUCCAAUGGAAUUGGAAAACCCGUUCCCUAAGAAUGAAGGAUCGGUUCACUUGUGGCAAGGGGAUGAGGAUGGGCUUGUACCUGUUACAUUACAACGAUAUAUUGCCCAAAAGCUACCGUGGAUCCAUUAUCAUGAACUUCCCGGUUCUGGUCAUAUGUUCCCAUAUGUUGAUGGCAUGGGAGAUAAAAUUGUCAGCGAACUUUUAAACAGUAGAGGCUGAUCUUGCUUAGCAUAGAUGCAGCUCUCGCCAGUCACCAGGCUUUGCAUAUCUGCUGCUGGUUCUUAUCAUAAUACACUGUAAGUAUGUAUUAUGCAACGAUUUCGAUAAGAGUUUGUAACACAGGUUGUUGUAAUAAAACGAAUCCGAUGGAAAGGCUGUUGCAGAUCUGAUUAUUAUAGUAAUAUUACCCUUACUAAAUUUGAGUAAUAGAUUCCCAUCUUAGUAUACUACGUAUUUAGUAUGAGUGGUCUCCUAAUUAAAAGUAAGAUGGUCCUUGCUA